AUUUGAGGCCAAUGAAAAAGAGUCUUAAAUGGCAGCAUUACCUACAGCUCGUUUCGUUGUUAGUUAUUGCUCUCAAUGUAAUGUUGGGCGUGCUGAAAAUGACUGAUUCAGAAAGCAAUGAUGCACAUUCCACUGAAGAUGGUAGCAAAGUUCUCUUUGCAGUUUUGUUCUACUCCGUUAACGGCUUGUUUACACUAUUCUUCAUCGUGAACGUAUUAUUUAGCAUUCGAUCAGCUGUUAAGACAUGCUGUCACAGUAGCUGCAAAUGCGUGCAUCAACAAGGAAAACGUGUGAAAGGCAAUACAGAAAUGGAGACGACACCUCUAGUUAGUGAUAGUGACUGACGAGAAUCGGAAUACCCAACUUGAUAAUGUAACGUUAUUCUAGCGAUCAAGAAUACUGCAUAAGCAAAUGCAUGCAAUUGCUUUCGUGGCGCUAACUCUAGGUAGCGUACGUGUAGAGACUUCAUCGUUUGUUAGCUUCUCUAUAGGCUAACUGCUGUAGAGAUAUGAUAACCGCAGAGACUUAAAUGUUGCUGUUAUGCAUUGUAUGUGCUGUGCUUCAAUUACUUAAUUAGAGCGUUUUUCUUAAGUCAUUUUGUAGUUACUAAUCUGGCUUUUCACUUUUUAAAUGCCGCUACUGCUUGCU